CGUCGAAGCCAGCCACCUUGAGGCCCUUAACUAUAGAAAUCCCCAUAGGCCGAAAACUGUGUUCUGCUACCUUGAUCAUCCCUCUUCUUUUGAGGCGUUUUUAAAUAGUAUUCAACGCUUUAUUGGCUCAACAACUAUUCCCAAACUCUGCUUAGACCUUUGUCUCAUGUUGUCUGGUUCCCCGUUAUGCAAAUCAGCACAUGUAUUAAACAUCUGGCUACUUCCCUUUGUUUCGUUGUGUAGUACAACCUUAGACUCUACCAGGCGUCGUGGAUCGGUGGUCUAAUUGUAGAAAUUGGACAAAUAGAAUCUAUAGUACGCUUGGGGAGUUAGCCGGCCAGAAGAGUACGUUUCCUCACCACGAGUGGUGAGGAUAAUGAUUCUACCGAUCCACGCAGCCUGGUAGAGGCUAGUACAACCUGUCGAACCGGUUUCACCCGUCAUCAAGCAAUAUAAAUGUGUCAUUGACCGCUCUAUCAGCACUGACCACUCGAUCUGUCAGUACUGACUCUGCAGCCGCGAGGGUGUGUGUCGACCGUGGGGUAUCAGCGUAUCUCGGUAAGUACUGACCAUGAUUUUGGUUCUCUGUGUAAUCCUAUAACGGAGACAGUUAUCCGGAUGGUUUUGCAUGGUAUGAUUUUUUUAAGUAUAGAAAAUUUUUAUUCAAACCUGAAUACUUUUGUGCUAGUCUGUCCUAAUCAUUCAACAGUGCCUAGCUAGCAGACAGUCCAGGAUUUUUUUUAUGUGUUGAUGUAUUCAUUGGCAUCAAUCGUGCAAACGACUGGACGGGUCACAUUGAGAGCACUUCCUUAUUGUUUUACCAUGGAAAGGAAAAUCGGCAGUUUGAUUUAUUAUCGUUGUUUGCCAAGUCGUUUCAUUGAAAGAUUAACACAUCUUAGUCUUGACUUUUACCAUCGGAAGUGGUGACACCUGAUUCAGCUUGACGGCCAUUUUUGACAGCGUUAGUCAGAUCGGUUCUCUUCAUUCUUCAGUUUGAAGCCGAUUCAACGCUUUAUUGAUCCAACCUCGAUACCUCCACACAUACCUUGUGUCUUGUGUUGUCUGAUUCCCUUAUGCAAAUCAGAAUGUGUAUCGUGGUGCUUUUCUUUGUUUCCCGAUGAAGCAAAACCUGCCGAACCGGUUUUAUUUAUCGUGCAAACGACUGGACGGGUCACAUUGAGAGCACUUCCUUAUUGUUUUACCAUGGAAAGGAAAAUCGGCAGUUUGAUUUAUUAUCGUUGUUUGCCAAGUCGUUUCAUUGAAAGAUUAACACAUCUUAGUCUUGACUUUUACCAUCGGAAGUGGUGACACCUGAUUCAGCUUGACGGCCAUUUUUGACAGCGUUAGUCAGAUCGGUUCUCUUCAUUCUUCAGUUUGAAGCCGAUUCAACGCUUUAUUGAUCCAACCUCGAUACCUCCACACAUACCUUGUGUCUUGUGUUGUCUGAUUCCCUUAUGCAAAUCAGAAUGUGUAUCGUGGUGCUUUUCUUUGUUUCCCGAUGAAGCAAAACCUGCCGAACCGGUUUUAUUGACCCACUCAGUCACCAUAUAAUCCCGUCAUGACUGCUCUGUACUUGUCAGUACCGACCCUGCAGCCGUGAGGACCUGUGUCGCCGUGAGUAACUGUGCAGUACACUUUAGAGAUCUUUGGAGUAUCAGCAUAUCUCUGUAUGUACAUUGUGACAUUUUGUACUAAGCACGUUUUUUUCUAUAUUUAUUCAUCGAUGACCAUAAGUAUAUGGUAAUGAAGUAACUAUAAUCCUUUAUAGAUUCAACAGAAAAUUAAAGAAAACAUCACUUUUCCGAUGGGUCUCUUCAAGCAAUUUGUUGCCUAGUUCCAAGAAUUCGAAAAUCUGGAAUAAGUAACUGGCAAUUUUGCAAGUUGUUGAUUUUAGAAUAUUGGUCGGAUAACAAUGAAGUCGUUAUGUCAACUGAGUAGAUCUUACAUAUAAAAGGAGACAGCAACUGGAUCUGGAGUUUAAAUAAUGACAUGUAAAGUUUAUAUGUAUUGACAUGUUGUUGUUGACGGAUAUGCUUUUUCAAUAGAAAAUAUUCCAAACUCGUAUCUUGUUGCAUUGUGUUAAUUAGUUGCUUCCUUUCUGUCUAGUCUUGCAGCCCUUGGAGUUUGACCAACAUGACGACUAUAGCAGGAUCUCAUCUGACAAAAGAAGUCAGAGAGAACGGAAAGUAUUCUCCUCGUGCCUACAAGUGCAGCCAUUGUGACAAGGAGUUUCGCUUCAAAAGUAAGCUCAACCAACACCUGCGAACUCACACUGGUGAGAGACCAUACCAGUGUGAUGAAUGCGGUAAGCGGUUUGCUCAACUGGGAAAUCUGAAGACACACAUUCGGACUCACACAGAGGAAAAACCGUACCGAUGUCAGGAGUGCAGCAAGCAGUUCAGCUACCUGAGUUAUCUAAAACGACACAUUCGGACUCAUUCUGGUGAAAAACCGUACAAGUGUGAGGAAUGCGGCAAACAGUUCGUUAAUUUGUCAAAUCUAAAGGAUCACAUGCGAACCCACACUGGUGAAAAGCCUUACAAGUGUGAACAUUGCAACAAAAACUUCAGUAGGUCAAGUGAUCUAAAGAGGCACAUGCGGACUCACACAGGCGAGAAACCGUACAAGUGCGCGGCUUGCAGCAAGCAGUUUAGUCAGCUGGAUACUUUGAAGACACACAUCCGAACCCACACGGGCGAGAACCCGUACAAGUGCGAGGAGUGCAGCAAACAGUUCUCUCGGUUAUCCAAUCUUAAGAGUCACAUGCGGACUCACAUUGCUAGGAAAGAGCAUGUGCUGAAUAUUCACAUGCGGAUUCACACAGGGGAAAAACCCUACAUGUGUGAUAAAUGUGGCAAGCAGUUUAGGCAACAAAACUCUCUGAAGAUACACAUGAAAACUCACACCAGUGAUAAACCAUACAGGUGUGACGAGUGCGGUAAACAGUGCCGUCAACUUGGCAGUCUACGAGAACACAUGCGGACUCACACCGGUAAGAGACCGUACAGUUUGACCAACAUGGCGACUAAGAUCAGAUCUCAUCUGAGACAAGCGGAGGGAGAGGAUGGACAGGAUUCUCCCCGUACCCACAAGUGCAGCUAUUGCGACAAAGAGUUUCGCUGCAAAAGUGAGCUUAGUCGACACCUUAGAACUCACACUGGCGAGAGACCAUACCAGUGUGGUGAAUGUGGGAAACGGUUUAGUCGGCAAUCUAAUUUGGAGGACCAUAUGCUAACUCACACCGGCGAGAAACCGUACCGAUGUCAGGAGUGCAGCAGGCAGUUUAGUAGGUUGAGUAAUCUGAAGUUACAUAUGCGAACUCACACUGGUGAAAAAGCGUACACGUGUGAACAUUGCAACAAAGGCUUCAGUCGGUUAGGUCAUCUGAAGAUUCACAUGCGGACUCACACAGGGGAAAAUCCGCACAGAUGCGAGGAGUACAGCAAGGAAUUCACUACGUUGUCAAAUCUAAAGUGUCACUUGCGGACUCACACAGGUGAGAAACCGUACAAAUGUGAGACAUGCUACAAGCAGUUCCGUGAACUUGGUACCCUGAAAAAGCACAUGCGGACUCACACAGGGGAGAAACCGUACAGGUGUGAGGAAUGCAGCAAGCAGUUCAGUCACCUGGGAAGUCUAAAGAGACACAUUCGGACUCACACAGGUGAGAAACCGUACAUGUGUGAAAAGUGCGGCAAACAUUUCCUGGAGCUAGGACAUCUGAAGAAACACAGGCGGAUCCACACCGUACAUGUAUAGUUGUGAGGAAUGCAACGAAAGCUUUAGUCAGUCACGUAGUCUUCGUAGUGACAUGCCGAAUAACACAGGUAAAAGUCCCUAAUACCUGUGUGAACAUAAAAUAUCCAAGAAAGUGCGAACUCAACAUUUCGUGGAUGUAGGAUAGGAUUGUCACUUGAUCUGUUGAACUAUACUGAUUUCUUUUGCAAAUAUCAUCUGCGAUUUACAGUCCAUCAGUGUACAUGGCUUCACUGUGCAAUAGAAAAUAAUGGAAACUAAAUUACGACGCAAUAAUGACAAUAUGGUGAUUCGUGGAACUAGAAGUGUUGUGUCAGAAAAAAACGACUGUUGAAUGUUUGUGACAGAACGACGCGUACGGUAAUAUAUCGUUCGCUUUACUUGACGUAAGGGCGCUGUGGUCUAUAGCUUUCUGUCAGAGCAAUCAAACCUAAUUUUUCUCUGUUUUAUCUACUAUUUCUUUCUUUUUGUAACUUCUAAACUAACUGAUUAUUAUGAAUAUACGAGAUUUUUAGCGUUUGGACUUAGCUGCAGAAACACGUUAUUUAUAGACGUUGUUAACCCUCAAACCACCGUAGCUUUUUUGUGACGUAGAUUACCGUAUGGGGUCAAAACUGACCCCAAAACAUUUUGUACAAAUACAGUUUUUUGUGUGACUCUUUUUGUGAUUUGUAUAUAUGUAUAGUUUUAUUAAUCUAUGUGGAACAGUCUGACAUGAUUAGGUGAGAAUAUUUCUAGCUCAUUAUCAUAAUUCAUGCAAAAUAUCAUGAGGACCACAUUUUGCACCAAUGCUAUUCAGACCGGGAAGGAGGUUUUUGAUGCCAACUUCAAUGCCGUAUAGCGCCUGAAUGACUCAUGCUAGAGCCAGCAAACUUGUUAACUUUUUA